UCCUAUCUCCUUAUUUAGUCUCAUCCUUCACAAAAAUCUCACACCAUUUAACAGACUCAAGAGCUGAGCUAGACACCGCGCGAAAGAGCAAAGUAACAAAAGCGUGAACAGAACACUCUCUUUCUCUCUGUUUCUGCAAUCGCCAAGCCAGAAGAAUGGGAAUUGUGAACUGCGAAGAGCGGGAGAGGAUGGAAAUCGAGGAGUUCCGGCGCAUGGUGGUGGCCUCCGGCGCCGCCACACACCGCCGGAAGGACCACCAAGGCUUCGACGGUUCUCGAUUAAUUCCGUCCUCCGUCGACGACGACGAUCUCUGCGAUCGCGACCGCCCCGUCUGCGUCACCAGCGGACUCUCCUUCCUCGGCAUCGCCCUCGUCAACAACCUUCUCGCCCGCGGCUACUCCGUCCGAAUCGUCGUUGAGAAUCCAGAGGAUUUGGAAAUAAUACAAGAAAUGGAGACAACAAACAGCAAUAUUUCAGCGACAAUGGCGAGGUUAACAGACGUAGAAAGUUUACCAGAAGCAUUCAAGGACUGUCGUGGUGUUUUUCACACCUCUUCGUUUAUUGACCCCACCGGUGUCUCUGGCUACACGAAAUACAUGGUUGAUGUAGAAGCAAGGGCCAGUGAGAAUGUGAUCAAGGCAUGUGCAAGAACACCGUCAGUUAAAAAAUGUGUUUUCACCUCGUCACUUUUGGCCUGCCUAUGGCAAGAUAGAGCUCAGAAUGAAAGUAAUUCUUCCGUAAUAAACCAUGAUUGUUGGAGCGAUGAAUCCGUAUGCAUAGACAAGAAGCUAUGGUAUGCAUUGGGCAAGAUAAGGGCUGAGAAGUCUGCUUGGAAGGUAGCUGAAGAAAGUGGUUUAAAUAUGGCCACAUUAUGCCCCGGUCUAAUUACAGGUCCGGAGUUUUGCUCAAGAAAUUCAACAGCAACAUUUGCUUAUCUUAAAGGAGCCGAAGAGAUGUACGAAAGCGGGGUGCUAGCAACAAUGGACGUGGACAGAUUGGCGGAGGCACACGUUUGUGUAUUUGAGGCUUUGAACAAGACAACAGGUGGAAGGUACGUCUGCUUUGAUAGGGUCAUUCAAGAGGAGGAAGAUGCAGAGAAGUUGGCAAGUGAAAUGAGCAUGCCCAAAACCAGGAUUUGUGGAACAGGCUCUUCUUCUUUUUCCACUGACAAUGUCUUCCAAUUGUCCGAUAAGAAGCUUUCGAGCCUCAUGUCAACCGCUCUACGGCCCUGUUACAACCAGAGCUGCCAGAAUUAUACUUACUAGGCCAAUCGGACUGUGUAUUAUAGUGGUUGAUUAUCGCAUAUUGUUUUUGUUAAAAAUUUGAUUUAUUUGUAUUGAGCAUAGCUUUGUAUCGGUGAUUUGUCUGUGGAAACCAAGCAUAAGGAACCCAUAAGAUAAAAAUCAAGAGAAUCAAUGUUCUACACUUUAAUGAAAAGGCAUAUGAGGAAUUAUUCGUUAAAACGUGAGAAGUAGAGACCAUGUCUAUUUAAUACAACCAA